UUAGUUAAAUGUCACUUUGUACUCUGGAGUAGUAUAUAAGUGACUAAACCUCACAUUGCUUUAGAAAACUGCGACCGAGUACAAUCCGCCAGCUCCAUAAUGGGGCGUACGUUUAUCCUACUGCUUGCCUUAGUGGCAUCAACAUUGGCGGGACCAAUUAUUAACACAGGAUCAUGUUCAACACGUUGUACAGAAACAAAGAAAUUUGGAUACGAAACCGGAAAAACCUACGAAUAUGACUACACAACCGACGUCGACACAACAGUACAAGGGGCAUCCGAGGAAAAAGCCGGAGUUCAGUUGACUGCCAAAGUUUACAUCGAUGUCGUCUCGAAAUGUGAAAUGAAUCUUCGGCUUGACAAUGUUAGACUAUUGGAAUCAGACCCUAAAGCGCCUGAAACACUGAUAGAUGCCGACAAAAGUGGAGAGUUCAGAACUAACCUUGAGAAAUCUCCUUUGGCAUUCUCCUUCCAAGAUGGCCGCAUUGAAGAACUUUGUACAUCCAUACCUGAGAAAACAUGGGUACUAAACAUCAAACGUGGUAUCCUCUCAGCAGUUCAAAACUCAAUGGAUGACAUGACACAGGAUCAAACAGUCCAAGAGACCGACAUCACUGGGGAAUGCAAAGCAGCCUAUACUGUAUCUAGCAAUGGAUGGUACUCCAGAACAAUCAAGAAGAGCAAAGACUUGCUUGGAUGUACAGACAGACAUGGAUACAAUACAAUGAUGCAGGGAACACCAUACAAAAUUCAAUCUGAAAUCCAGUCUCUGCCACUGAUAAAAGGUACCCAUGAGUGUUCACAAGACAUCAGCAAGGCUGGUAUACUACAGAGCAGUGUAUGUGAAGAAGAACAUGUUCUCCGACCAUUCUCAAGGGAAUCCAGUGGUGCUAUAACAAAGACCAAACAGACAUUGAAAUAUGUAACAGAAAGAGUAUCAUCGUCUAGCUCAAUUUCCAUUGGACACCGCGUUCCAUUGACGUUUGUGCAUUCCAACGAUGGUAGAGGUACAAUCAGGGAUGUCAUGAGUAAACUGAAUGAAAUUUGUGUAUCCACAUCUGACAGUGUGAAACCAGAUACUCCACUUUUGUUUUCUGGACUGGUUAGACUGAUGAAGGCUUUAGAAAGUGAUGAUCUGGAACAGAUUUACAGAAAAGUAAAAGGAACCAGGUUCUGUGCAUCGAAUCAAAAGAGAGUUGAAAAAUUCUUCCUUGAUGCCGUUCCAAUGCUUGGAACAAAAGCUUCACUGAGACUGAUUACUAACUUGAUUAACAAGAAAGAAGUUCGUGGAAUCGAAGCAAAUAUGUGGCUAACAACUUUAUCAUUCAUCAAAGACCCGACAAAAGAAAUGCUGAAUGAAGUCAAACCACUCAUAUCAUCUGAGGACAAUGAAGAGGCUAUGCUGGGUGUUUCUUCACUCGUAUAUGCCUACUGCAAGACAAAUGAAUGUGAAAAUGAUGUGGACAUCGCAAGUAUUGUUGCUUCUAUAGAAGACAAGAUUGGUGUUGGAUGUUACGUAGACAAAAACAAUCUUGGCAAGGUGAUCCGUAGUCUUAGAUCACUUGGAAAUGCUGGAUUCGUUAGUAAUUCCAUUAGAACCAUCUCUAACUGUAUGACCAAGAGAGAGAAUCCCACUGAAGUCCGCCUUUCUGCUAUACAAGCCUUCCGUCGUAUGCCAUGCGCAAUAAGCCGAGACGACGUCAUGGCAAUCUUCAGGAACAAAGACGAGGAUUCCGAAUUGAGAAUUGCUUCUUACCAGGCUCUUAUGACAUGCACUUCAGAUAAUGUCCUGUCUCGUGUUAGAAAUGUACUUGAAUCAGAAGAGGUCAACCAAGUUGGUUCUUAUGUAUGGUCUCAUUUAACAAAUUUAAUGGAGACUUCAAGCCCACUGAAACAAGAAAUAAAGAAUAUCAUCAACGACCAGGCGCUGAAGAAAGAAUUCGAUCUUGAAAAACUGAAAUAUUCCAGAAACUACGAAGGCUCCUUCUUCCUUGAGAAACUAAAUACUGGAGCUUCUAUUGACAGCAAUGUUGUGUGGUCUUCAAAAUCUUUCUUACCAAGAUCUGCCAUGACUAACAUAACAUUCGACCUUUUUGGACAUUCCGUCAACCUAUUAGAAAUCGGUGGACGAAUGGAGGGCCUUGAAUAUUUUCUUGAAUCUUACUUUGGACCUAACGGAUACUUCCAGGAAAAUGAUGUCAAAGAAGUCACAAAACAGAACAUAAAAGGAAUCAGUAAUACAAAAAUGGAAGACAUUGACAGACAGUUUGACACAGAAUCUGACUCAUUAAAAGGAGAUCUGUACAUGAGAGUUUUUGGAAAUGAGCUACUAUUUACAAGAUUCACCGGACUAAGUGAUAUCACUGAUGGUAAAUCAAUAAAUAUUCUUGACAUUCUUACCGCUCUUGCCAAGAAACAAGAAUACUCCUUCACACAGAGCUACGUAUUCUUGGAUAGCAGUAUCAUCAUUCCAACAAUGGCUGGCUUCCCAUUAAAUUUGACCAUUGAUGGAUCAGCUACCGUUGAUCUACGUGCCUCUGGUAAAAUGGAUUUGACAAAAAUAACAGACAGAUCACCAAGUCUUUCUUUGGAUGGAUAUAUGAAACCAAGUGGCGCUGUCCAGAUCAACAGUAUGAUGAGCGUAGAUGCCUUUGUAACAAAAAGUGGAAUAAAGAUGGUUUCCACUAUGCACUCCUCCUCUUCCCUCGAAGGACACGUAGAACUGAAAAAUGGAAAAGUACUAAGUGCACAGAUCAAAACACCAUUUGAUAAAAUGGAAGUUUUCAAUGUCAAGACUGCUUUCUUCACUGUCCAUCGUGAAUCCGAGAGAGAACAGAAAAUGAUUACUGCUAACAGACAGACUAAGAAAGUAUGUUCUGGAGACAAACUUGCCAAGAUUACCGGACUGGAACUCUGUGCUGAACUUCAGUAUCCAAACGCAUCAUUGGUAGCCGAUGCUCCAUACUUUCCAAUGACAGGACCAGUUAGUGCUGGACUCACUCUUCUAAAACGUGACACACAUGAAAGUUACAACAUGGAAUACAAAUUUGUAAAGGAUAAACAAGAGGCCAGAGCUAGAGUAGCCUUUACCACCCCAGGGUCUAAGGUAGACCGUGAAUUGAGUUUUGAUUGUCUUGUUCGUUCUGACCCUCUGCUUGAAAUAAGCAUGAUCUCACCAUGGAAGAGAGUUUCAGUUAGAGGAGCAUUAGUUGGUGACAAUCAACAGAAACAAGUGGCUGGAAGGAUUGUUAUCGACGACAAAGAUGAAUACUCUGUGACUGGAGAAUGGAUCAGAACAAGGAAAGGACAGCUUUAUACUUACAAUCCAUACAUUGAAAUCAUCAUACCAAAUAUGGAAAAUAUCAGACUCAGCAGUUCUGUAGAGUAUGUUGUCGGCAAAAGUUUCAAUGGUGAAUUGACAGUAAAGGGUCUAUCUAAGCAACCCAUUCAGUCAAAAGUAAACCUGAUUUCCAAGAAAGCAAUGUCUUCCAUAAAAACAUCCAUCUCCUUUGAACCUGGGAAGGAUUAUAGUUUUGAAAGCAGAUUGCAGAAUACACAAACAAAGAAAGCAACAAAGUUGAUGCCUUAUUUGUCCAUCCGUACACCAAAGGAGGAAGUCACAGCCCUUGGAGGAUCAAUGGAAUAUAAAAGUGGUUCUCUUAUUUUGGUGGACAUUACACUUGACAGGCUUUUGGAUAAAACCGUAAAAGUGUUUACAAAACUAACGAGAACUUUGAGGAAAUCAAACGCCAGGUAUCAGUCAAAAGUUGACAUCAGAACUCCACUUCUAAGAGCAAAAGGAACUUCAAAUAUUGUACUUCAGAAAACUGCUGUAAUUACCAGAGUUAAUCUAGAUUACGUUAUUCCAAGAAUCAGCAGGGACAAAAUAACAGUCAACAGUAAAAUCAAUUAUGGUUUCACCAAGAGUGUCUGGUCAUUGGCUGGCAAAGGAUCUUUAACUUUCAAGAAGAAUGCUGACUACAAUGUUGUUAUCAACACAGACAUGAACAACAAAGCAAGAUUGACAAAAGUGAACUUUGACCUUAGAUAUGGUGCAAAACCAAAGGAUGAAAACAAGCGUAUCUUUGUUACAUCAUUAGUACGUCACGAACUGGGAUGGAAGAAAUCUGAAUUAGAUAUAACUGGUGAUAUUAGACAUCUGGCUCUGGGAUUAGAUCUUAAACUGAAAGGAAAGCAUUCUCACAAUCCAAAGAGUAUUAAUUCUAAUUUUGGGUUAUCAUACGGCAAGAAGCAAUCAGUAUCUGCUGCAUUGGUAAUGAAGAACAAGUCCAAAAAAUUUACAUCCUUAACUGGGGAUGUAAGUCUGAAAUGGAAUGAUAAAGACUUUUCUAUUGCGAACAAUUUUGAACAGAAGAACAAAAGGAGAUAUACCAAUGAGUUGAUUUCAAACAUUGCUGGACACAAAACAAAAGUUGUAAGUGAUCUUAAACUUUCUGAUGAAGAGUAUGACGUUAGCUCUGAUAUAAGUAUGUCCGGACAGAAGCCAGUCCAUCUUGAAGCACUGCUCAACCUAGAUCCAAGAAACUUCCGUGUCAAAUCUCGACUAAAUAAUGACUAUUCGGUAGAAUUUGGUUCUCAAUACAAAAAAGCAGCACUUUUACGACUUUCUGGUGAUGUGUCUGUGCCUUCAAGAAAAGUCAAAGGUGAAUUUGAAGCAAAGAAGAAGGGACCGAUCUAUGUUGGACAUUUGGACAUUCAAUGGGAUGCGAAUGCAGACAAGGACAAACACAUAUUUGUUGACACUCAACUCACAUACAACAACAUUCAAGAUAUUGAUGCAAGCCUUGUAUUCAGAAGUCCACUGCAAAAUAACAAAAUCAACAUAAAUCGCAAAAACGAAAAUGCACAUUUUGACAUAAAAUCUGACGGAAAAGAACAACUAUCUGUUGACGCAUCUUUGAAACAGAAAAAUGGUAACGAUCAAGUCAAAAUCGAUGGCAGCUUAACAGUUCAUACUGCAGCAAAAGGAUUAAGAUAUGUUAAACUUGGCAUGAACCAUUUGUCAGACCCAAGCGAAUAUAAAACAAACUUUGAUGUCAACUGGAAACCAGAUAACCAAAUAUCGGCUGCCUUUUCCCUGAAAAAACCAGUGAGCAUUCGUCAAUUACAAGGAUCUUUAAACAUCAAGACACCAUUUAAUAAAUUUGAAACCUCGUCCCUAGAAAUUUCCCAUGAUGCUAAAGACUCCUUGAAGUCCCUUGUAACUGUUCAGGUAAACAAGAAUUUUAUACGGGUUGAUGCAUCUGCAAAGAAAGAAAACAACAUAUACUUGGGACAUGCUGGUGUCAAAUCUAACUUUCGAUCCAUCCAAACCGUAUCUUUAGAUCUUAGUCAUCAAAGUAAGGAUACAACUAACGAAAACAGCCUAGUUCUUAAUAUUAAUGGAAAUGAAUACAGAUACAAAGGUAAACUCACACAUGAUAGAGCCGGUCUUAUGAUUCAGCAGAGCGGUAAAAUAGCUCUUUCUUCACCAACAAGCCAAUACGAUUCUACAUGGCAACACAGUAAUACACUCAAUGAUAUCACAACAGUGAUCACAACCAACAUUAAUGGAGAGCAUUAUGGUUUUAACAUUAAGGGCAGACAUAAUAUUGCAUGGAAAGAAGCAUCCGUUCAGUAUACAUUGACUUCCACAACUCCAUUUGGAAAAGGACAACUUAUGGUUAGUCAUUUACAUAGAGACAGUUCCAUGGACACCAUUCUCUCGAUGAGCCACAAUAGCAAAAACCUUUUUACAAGUGAAGGUCAUCUUAAAACUGAAAAUGGUGAACUUAUUGCUACCGGGAAUCUCUUACUGAAAGGCGAACAAAUGGUUGCAAUAGAAGGACGAUUGAAAACCGGAUCUCAGAAAUAUGUUUUGGUUACAUUAUCUACACCAUUUGAAUCAUUUAGAAGACUUAGAACAGAGAUGGAAUUUAAAGGAAAUACGAAGGCAAUGACCUCCUCUGCCAGCUUUGAACUACAACCAAUUGUAAGAAGAAUUCAACUCAAGUCUACAUUUAACAGAAUUGGUGGUGUGUCUGGUAAUGUAAGACUCGAAACUCAAUACCAACAACUUCCAGCCAGUGAAAUAACCUUCGCAAACCGCCCUGAGAAUGACAAAUCGAGAACCGAUAUCAAGGUUGAAUACUUACCAGGAAAGAUCGUAUCAUUGACAUCAAGAACUCUUUUAGAUGGACAAAGGCUAAGUGCUGAUGUCAGUAUUGCAACUCCUUUUGAAAAAUUACAACGUUUAACAGCCGGUAUAACACACGAACCUACCGUCAAAGGAUGCAUUACGAAAGUUGAGAUGGAGUAUCCAGAGGGAAAAUCUUACUAUGCUGAGCUUGCUGUUGAAUACAACAAAAACUACCAAGCUGCAGUCACAAUACGUCUUCCUAAUUACCAUCCAGUAACGGCUACUUUGAGCCACAAAGGAACAUGGAAUCAAUUCGUAUCUGGGGCUUACUUACAGUAUGACAAAAAUGGCAAACAUCAACUGGAUAUCAGUUACCAUAAUGGAAAUAGUCUCCAAGGUUCCUUCACUAUGAAGUCAUCUCAUGUUGAAGAUACCAUUGCUUCCUUCUCUCACAGUGGAAAUAGAAAAAGCAUUAAUUCUAACAUUCUCAUAAAAUACGGGAAGAAUAAGCCAAUCAAUGUAGACAUAGAAAUGACAAAUGCCAAAAGAAUGAAAGGAACAUUAAAGGUUGCAUCUCCGAUCAUGGAUGAUAUCACAGUUCUCUUUGUACACAAAGGCAAAAGUACAAGUUUCAAGACAAAAGCAAAGAUUGGAUGGGGAAAGAAGGAGGAAAUUGAAGGAGACCUGACAUUCAACUUUAUAACAAAUCUGAAGGCAGACGUUUCAAUAUCCACACCGUUCAAGAGCAUCAGAAAAAUGUCCGCUUUUGUAACACACGACGGGAAUUUACGCGACUUCAAAUGUCAGUCGGAAUUGAAAAUCGGGAAACAAGUUUGGGGUGCUAAUGUUAAAUCAACGGUUGAUCCAAAACUAGUAACAGAGCUUACUGUCAACACACCUCAUGACGGAUAUGAAAAGAUGAGAGCCGCCUUUACACACAAUGGUCAACUUUCUAACUUUAAAUGUCAUCUGGAAGUUUCAAAGAACAAAAAAGACAUUAUUGGUGACUUGCAAUUUACAUCUCAACCAUUGAUUCUAUCUGCAACUCUUCAAACACCGGUGAAAAAUUAUGGCAAUCUUAAGGCGUUACUCAGUCACGAUGGCCCACUAAGUAACUUCCGUACUCAAGCAGAAAUAACUUACUUUGAUUCUAAAACUAUAACACUAGAUACAUUAGUCAGCACAAAUGACCGAUUAACUGUUUCUGUUGAUAUAAAGACGCCAUUCCAGGAAUAUGAAGAAAUGACAGCCAAACUUUCACACUCUGGAACUUCCAAUAAUUUUGCCUCACGACUAGAAACUCUCCUCCAGAAAAAAAGAAGUCAAUUUGACGUUUCAUUCUCUAGUCUUGGUCCAAUUGAAGGAAAACUUACCCUUAUUACUCCACAAUAUGAACCUGUUAGGAUGUCGUUAUCGCAUAGUUUUGAGACAUCCCUCACCAACCAAGUUUCAUUGACAUAUGGAAGAAAAGAUAUUUUAAAUAGCAGAAUUUCGUAUCAAAAUGAACCAAAAUUGAACGGAAAAGCUACCUUUAUAUCCUCAUUUACACCUGACAUGUCAGUAUCAUUUGAACACAGCGGGAACCUUCGACGAUGCGUUUCAAACAUCAAAGGGGCAUAUGGAAAAAAAUCAGCUCAAGCAGAUCUUAAUCUUAGUACUGACGAAGACUUUUCAGUUCGACUGAACAUGAAAACACCAUUCGAUAUUUUAAGAUCAGGAGAACUCACUAUUAACCAUAAAGGACAACUAAAUGACUUCGAGAGCACAGCAGAUAUAGACAUCAAUUCCCAAAAGAUCAGUGGAAUAGCAAAAUUUUCAACUAACAAUGGAAUUCAAGGAAGAACCACACUUACUACUCCAUAUGAAAUGUUCCAUAGUGCAGAAAUGUCAUUUAAACAUUCUGGACAGUUGAGAGAUUUUGAAUGUUCAGGUGAAUAUGUGCAAAAUGGAAAGAGAUCAGAAGGACAGCUAACACUGAGAACUUCUGGAGGUCUGAAUGUAAGGGCAUUCAUAAAAACGCCAUACUCUGAAGAUAUCACUCUUAAGGUAAACCACGAAGGAGAACUAAGACGGUUCGUAUCAAAUGGUGAAUUGAGUUACGGUUACAAGACAGGGUCUGCCCAGGUAUCAGUGGAUGUGUUAAGAGAUAUUAGAAUAAACGGCUUCUUGAAAUCUCCCUUUUCACGUGAUGUAGUCAUAAGUACUGAGACCACAGGAAAACUGGUGGACUUUACAUCCGUAUCUCAGCUUACUUACAGUGGACAGAAACAACACGAACUUGAAAUUUCUUUCAAUGCUGAAGGCUCAAUCAAAGCAGGGAGAACACAUUUUGACGGUGCAUACAAUAAGAAAAAGGUUUCGGGAAAAUUUUCGUUCAGCGCACCAAACGGAAUACAAGAAAGGAUUGAAGCAACUGGACACAUUGAAACGCCAAUAAGUGAACCAGUAUCAAUUUCACUUAUGUUCAACAACAACAAUGAACAAGGAAACACAUAUCGCUUCCAAACACAAGCUGAAUUAACAUACAGUGGUACCAAACAACAUGCAGUUCUUGCUAACUUUCAUCAUGCUGGCCCACUGAAAGCAUUUACAACCUCUGCUGAUGUGACAUACAACACAAAGAAAUCAGCUGUGCAAGUUAGUUUCGACUCAAAUGUGAACAUUGAAGGAAAAGCAACUCUAAAAACACCUUUCAUGGAUGACAUUGUUCUGUCUUUCGGUCACAAUGGACAUCCUUUGAACUUUAAAACUCAGGCUGGGCUUACAUACAGUGGUGCCCAACAACAUGCAGUCCUUGUUAACUUUAAACAUACUGGUGUACUGAAAGCAUUUACAACUUCUGCUGAUAUCACAUACAACACAAAAACAGCAUCUGUCCAAGUCAGUCUUGAAUCAAACUUGAAUAUUGAAGGAAAAGCAAUAGUAAAGACACCUUUCACAGAAGAUAUCGUUCUUUCAAUCGGCCACAGUGGACAACCUUUGAACUUUAAAACGCAGGCUGCUCUCACAUACAGUGGUCGCAAACAACAUGACAUUUCUGCUACCUUUAGUCACGAUGGAUCACUUAAGAAAUUUUCCACCAGCUCCAAUGUUGUUUACAAUACAAAGAGAGUUACUGGAUCAGUAUUAUUUGAUAGUACAAAUGGAGUCCAAUCAACAGUUUCAUUGAACACUCCUCUGACCAAACCCCUUCGUGCAUCAUUUUCACACAAUGGUCAAUUGGUUGAUUUUAACAAUCAAUUUGAUGUGACGUAUGGAGGCUCUAAAAUGUAUGAAAUUAUUACAGAUUUCAAAUUUGAAGGCGAAUUAGAAAAAUUCCAGUCAUCGGGAUCACUUACUUACAACAGAAAAACAAUUUCGAGUGAUGUGAAUUUGGAUAUAUUGAACGAUCCAGAGGGAACAGUAACUUUAAGAACGCCUUUCACUGAUGAUAUAACAGUUUCUUUCUCUCACCAAGGGACUCUACAUAAUUUCAUCAGUCACGGAGAGAUCGGUUACAAUGGUAUAAAACAGCAUGAAGCCAAUAUUGUACUCCAGAAUGGUAAAAAGAGAGUAUUUGUAGAAUUGUCAUACAAUACUAAGGUAGCAUCAGUAGAAGCAACAUUAGAAAAAUCUACAGGAAGAAAAGGCAGGAUUGAAAUAAAAAGUCCAUACACAAAAGAUAUUGAAUUGGAAGUAGACCAUAGAGGGGAAUUGUUGAACUUUAAUACGAAGGGAGAAAUAACCAUCAGCGGAAAGAAAGAACAUGAGGUUUAUGUUUCAUUCGAGCAUAAUGGAGACAUGAAAAAUUUCAGAACUUUCGGCGAAGCAUCUUAUAAUACCAAGAGAGUGUCAUCAGAACUACAAUUUGACUACACAGACGGUAUUAAGACAAAGGGUACUUUGAAAACUCCAUUUACCAACGACAUAGAAAUUAUAAUUGACCAUAAGGGCUCUGCUAGUAAUUUUAAGUCACAGGCUGAUAUUUCAUAUAGCGGAUCUAAACAACAUGAGGCCGUCAUAACAUUUGGAGGGUCUGGUAAACUACAGAAAUUCCAGUUAUCAGGAGAUGCUACAUAUAACGGAAAGAAAUUCACCACUUCAGCUAAAACCGACUUUACUAGUGGAAUUGAAUUAGAGGCACGUAUGUCAACACCAUUCACUGAUGAUAUGGAAAUCUUCCUUGACCAUCAAGGCACUUCAUCCGAGCUCAGAUCACAAGCUAGUGCAACCUACAGCGGAAGUAAACAACACGAAAUUAUUUCGACACUUAAACGUACUGGCACAUUAAAACAAUUCCACGUAUCUGGUGAAGUUCGAUACAAUGAUAAAAUAUCUGCUUUAACUGUCAAUAUGGACACUACCUCAAAAGUAUCUGCAAAUGUGGUCCUUCAAUCGCCAAUAUCUAAGGAUAUUCAGCUAGAAGUUUCCUUCGAUGGAAAAAUUGAAAACUUGAAAACUAAGGCUGGGCUUCAAUAUGGUGAAGAAAAACAUGAACUUUCAUCAAAUUUCAAUCUAGAUUUACCAAAUGGUUUAGAAAUAGAGAUUGACAUACAAUCACCUAUCAGAAACAUGAAAGCAUCAGUUUCUCACGAGUUCAGAGGUACUUUGAAAAAUUUCCGUUCAAAUAUCAAAUUAACCCUAAAUGACAAAGAAAUCAACUCAAAAACUAAUUUUGAUAUUUCUAGUGGACUUGAUAUUACGUUGGAGACACCGUUUUCUGGAUAUGAAAGAAAUACGGCUCUACUUAAAUUCUCAAACGUGCAAUCUCUCAUUUCUGGAAAGGCAGUUACGAAAAUUGGAAAACAUAGAACUCAACUUAAUGGCAAAAUUGAUACAUCAAAUGGUUUAAAAAUCGAACUGUGUAUAAAAACACCACUAACUGAAGAUUUCGAGGUGAUUAUAAACGGAAAUGGAGGUCUGCAUGCAUUCAGAUACGUAUCUUCCGUUAGCUACGGAAAAGAAAAAGUGAGAGGAGAAGUCAACCAUGAAUGGUCCUCAGAAGUAUUCAAAGGGAACAUGCUGCUAUCAACACCUAUUCUAGAAGACAUCAAAAUAGAAUAUGACGUAAAUGGAAAUCCGAAAUCCUUCGGAACAACAGUAAAGGCAUCCAUUGGUGACAUGAAUGGAAUUGAAGAAAUAACCACCGUAAGACUAGGAGAGAUGUCAAUAGUUUUCGAUACAACACUUAAAACCACUUUAUCUGGAAAUGUAAAAUUGUCUCAGCUUAGAUUUUCACAUGAUGGUUCCAUUUCUAGUUUUAAAACAAACAUUGAGGCAACACAUGCCGACAUGACAAUCAAAGCCGAUGCAGCCUUUAAACACCUUCCAUCUAUCGAGGGUACACUAAGCUUACAAACACCGUUUGAGAAACUAAGAGAUGUAAAUAUCAAGAUUGCACACACUGGCUCUAUGAAGUCUUUCACAACAACCGGAAGUCUCCAAUAUGCACCGGACACAAAAAUUGAAGGAAAUACUAGAUUCACAAUAACUCUUGCCAUGGAAAAAACUCCAUCCGCAAUCAGCAUCAAUCUUAAUACGCCAAUCAAAGGAUACGAGAAAACACAAAUUAAAGCAUCUGCCUCAAGAAAACCAUACAAUGCUGCACUUAAUAUACAGACAUCAUACUUAUCUGAUAUUGAAUUUGAUGCAAGCCUUACUGGCCAGAGAUUCGAUGAGUUAGAUGGAUCCCUUACGCUUAAAACUGGAUUAUAUAAUUUGCGAAAUCUACGGAUAUCCAUUAAAAAUGACCACAAAUUUGAAGAACUAAAAUCGCACAUCGAAGCAUUUUUGACUGAGCGCAACGGAAUAACAAUAGAUGCAUCUCUCACAAAGACAGACUGUUCACUAUCAGUGUCUACCCCUUGGGAAUCACUCCGAACAGCUGAUGGAUAUAUAAAAUACGACAGGCUUAGCAAAGCAAAGCAUUUGAUAGUAGCAACACAUAUGAAAAUCAACCAAGAAACAUUGUACGAUGUUGAUUUCGAGUUUGAUAAUGAGGAAAGAAAGGAAAUAACACUGAUAAUUAAUAUCAAUGAACCAAGACAGCUGAGGUUUGAAUUAAAUAAGCUGUUUACCUCAGAAACAUACAUGCUUUUAAAAUUGAACAAGCAAGGUAGAGACAGAAGUUGCAGAAUGGAUGUUAAAUUCAAUUCAGAUUGGUCCGACAGAAAACAGAUUGUAAGCUAUCGAGGUGCAUGUGGAUCUAAAUCUUACAGCAUUGGAGCAUCGUAUCUCCGUCCUGAUGAAUCGUCCAAAAUGGUUCUAUUUAUAGAGAAAGAUGAUAGCAGAACACAUGGAAUAGAAACACUAUUUGAAAAGAACGGACAAGCAAAAUACACUCUACAACUACCAUCUAGGACAGUUGUAUUGUCAACCGUAUCAUCAGGAUAUGGACUAAGCAGUCAAGUAUUUGAUUUCUCGUGGGAUGCAGAAAGAGACCAAAACAAAAGAGUAGUAAUUAAGACCAGAUCUGAUGGAGAUGAACUAACACUAGGUUUAGAAAUGCCAAGUCUUGGCAAGGAUCUUCAACUUGAUUACAAAAUGUUGAUUGGAAGUGGAAACGUUAUUUAUGAUGGCCGUACUGCAUUCAGAUACUCAAAAGAUUCUCGUAAAACUUUUACCUUGAGUUCAAAAUUAGAAGAUGUAUCAGGUCGUGGGGAGAAAUACAAGUUCUUACUUGGUAUCAGUCAUCCAUAUACUACAGUGGACAUCCAAACAAAAGCAGUUUUCGGAAAAUCUAAUGACAAACUCUCAGCUGAUUUUGAUAUUCAAUACCUGACUGCAAGACGUCAAACAAAGAACAUCGCCUUAAUAACCGAGAUUGAUAAACUCAAACGUCAACUCAAUAUACAGGUUCGUUCUCCAAUCAAAACAAUGAAAAUAGAUGCCCGUGUUGAGACGUCACCUUUCAAACUGACAAUCAAAAAUCUUUAUGAUGAUACCAAACCAAUCAAUACAGAGCUGACAGUUGAUCCUAAUGAUGGGAGUCUGGAUUUUAACAUGAACUACGAUAUCAAAAACCCAGAUACAACACUUCAUGUGAAUGCUAAAUUCUCAGACGAGAAAGGAAUAUCUGCAGAACUCUUCAGAAAUGUAAAUCAGAAGAAAACAGUAGACAGCUUGCUAAAUCUUCGAUUAAAAUCUUCAAAGAUUCUGCAUACACGUGUUCACUGGCGUCCAUCAAUUAUCAGUGAUCUCAAGGCUGAAAUAACAAAAAGAAUAGAAGAAUAUGGAAUACGAUCUGCUAUGGCCGUUGAAGAGUCUUCUGGUGAAAUAAACAAAGAAAUAGUAUAUAAGAGACGAUUAUUCCAAGCUGCCUAUACAGAAGAAAUCAAGUCCUAUGCUGAUGCCAUCAAUGAUAAACUGUCUGAACUCAGAACAUUGAAAGAAAAAAAUGCCUUUUACCUUCAAGACAUUUGUAAUUCAGUUGAUACAACCAUGAACAGAAUUGGGGAAUUAUCGGAAGACUUAAAUGAAGCUUGGGGGAGAUGCCCAGUCAAACACACAAUAGAUGAAUAUAUGACCAGUCUUGAACAACUACAACAGAGACUGGAUGCCUACUCAAAAGAUACUUAUAUAAGCAUGGGUGGCCAGUUGAACAGCAUUUCAACAAAUUCUUAUCAGAGAAUACUUGAUUACCAAAAUUCUGUUGGAAAUCACCAAACUGUUGUCAAUUUAAAAUCAAAAUAUAACUCUUAUAUGGAUCAGCUUAAAAAUAUGAAAUUAAAUGAGCAAUGGUCUAACGUUGCCAACCAGUAUACAUCAAGCAUAUAUAACAUCAGAGAGGGUAUCAACCAAAGACUUGUAAACUCGUUACCAACACCAAUGUACAACAUGGGAUCAUCUGCAUACAAAUACUGGGAAUUUGAAGAAAACGUAGAUGCACUAGUUGACAAAAUAUUUGAUGAAUUGAAAAAAGAUGCCACAAAGGAGAUGUCUGUUUUAAAAGAGAUUUUCGGAAAUGUACUCAAAUCCAAAGUUAUUAAAUACGAUUUACUAAAUGGAGAUAUUGAAGUAGAUUUGUACCUUCCCGUUGAUGUACACACUCUCAGCUCACUAAAAGACAUUUCUUUGAGACAAUACAUUCCAGAUAUGAGCUUUCCAACUCCAAAAGUAAAUUUCCUUGGAUCUGUGGAGGAUUACAUACCACACAUGUCCUGGACAGCAAGUGCAAAAGUACAUGGCCGACACUUUACAACUUUCGAUGGUCAAGAAUUUGACUUCAGUGGUCGAUGUAGUUACGUUCUUGCACGAGAUUUUGUAGACGGCAACUUCAGUAUCAUCUUGAACUACUUGGGCAGACAAAAGAAGAAGUUAAUCUUGACUUCUCACCAACAAAAUGUUCAAUUAUCACCAAAUGGAAAGGUCAGUGUAGACGGUGUAGUUAUGGAUCUACCUUACAGAUCUUCAGAAUUUGCAGUUUUCUCUGAAGAUGGUAAGGUGUUCAUUGAAGGACGUGGGUUCCAAGUCAAAUCCGACCCAACCGUAAAUAAUGUCGACAUUGAUUUGAGCAAGUGGUACUUUGGUAAAACAGGAGGACUUCUUGGUACUCUGAACCAUGAACGUUACGAUGAUAUGAUCAUGCCAAACAAACAAAUUACAUCCGACGCUUUUGCUCUAGGAAACGCAUGGCAGGUUCAAGAUAGAUGUUGAAUGAACAUUUCAAACUCUGAAAUACCAUGAAAAAGCAAACUGUGAUUACUAACUUUUAAUUUAUAUUUUGGAUAUUGUUGUGAAACUUAUAAUAAAAUAAAACAAUUUUAAGCAUUGAUAAA